AAAAGCAAAGAUUUAAAAAAAGACUCGGAAAUCAAUUAAAUAAGUAAUUAAUCAAAAAAGAUCAUUCAAUCUAACAAAAUAAAUAUUAAUUCUAUGAUACCCAAUCAAACAAGCAACCAAUAAAAAGAUAAUUAACCUCCUUAACAGCCUUCAUAAAAUUAAUCUUUUUAAUCAGUAGAAUAAACCUAAUCUGUUGAGAAAGUUAAACAAAUUUCAAAGCCUAAAACUGAAAAGCCAAAUAACACUAAACGCUCUUACACAAAAAGAAAAUAACCAACACUUAAUCUAUAAAAGCCUAUAUAGGUGUCUCCAUAAUAAUAGUUACCAUUUUUAAUGCCAUAGUAACUAUAUCAACCAUCUUUUUAUCAACUACCUAAUUUCUAUGAUAAUUUAUAAGCCUAAAAAUAUGCAGAAAUGUAAAUAGAAGAUUCAAUUUAAAAGGUAGUAAACUCAAAAAACCAUAAAAAAUAAAUGUAGAAUCUCGAAAAGGGACUCGUUUUAGAUGUGAAAACUUUACAAAAGCACUUCUAGUUCAAUAAAAAUCAAGAUUAGACUAUUCCAGUUAUGGUUUCAGUCAAAACCUUAGACUAGACAAACGAUAUGGAAGUUGAAUCAAAUCCAUUAGAAGGUAGACCAAAUCUUGAUUUGAUUUGCGUAAUUGAUAACUCUGGAUCUAUGAGUGGCUGCUCAAAAAUAGAAAAUCCAAACAGCUUUGUGGGCUAAAAAAUGUGA